UGUUUGUAUACAUAUAUUUGCAUCAAGCAUGUAUUUGCAUCCUCAUAUAGAAAGCCUAGCUUAUGAAUAUGGAGCUUCAUCUUCUUCCCAUCUUUGCUUUAUUACUUUGUCUUCUGAAAGAAAUAAAUGGUUCACUAUCUCCAGAGAUGUACUGGAAAUCCAAGUUACCGAAUACACCAUUGCCGAUAGCUCUACAAGAACUUUUAAAGCCAGGAAAUAUUGCAAGUAAUUUGUCAGAAAUAGAGGAGCCUUCAGACUGCCAGAGGAGCGUUUACAAUCUUGGUUAUUAUCAGCCAACAAAGGCUACAACAUCUGAUAGUACUAAUGCCAUAAACAACACAACUCUUACCAUAUUUUUCUUACAUGAUGAUCUCUAUCCCGGAAAGAAAAUGUACCUUAAUAUCAAGAAAGUUUAUAAUAGUUCAAAUUUCUUGCCCCGUAAAAUUACUAAAACAAUUCCCUUUUCAACAAAAAAUUAUUCCGAAAUUUUGAAGUACUUUUCGACAGAACCCGCAUCAAAAGAAGCUCAAAUGAUCAAACACACAAUUGAACAAUGUGAAGCACCAAAAAUGAAAGGCGAAAUCAAAUAUUGUGCUACGUCCUUAGAGUCUUUAGUCGAUUUUGUGGUUUCAAAGAUCGGAAAGAAUGUUUACGCUCUUGCUAACGAGGUUGAUGAAGAAGAGAAUAACAAGAAACAAAACUAUGCUAUUUCUAAUGAAAUCAAAACGAUGGGUGAUCAUCCGAUUGUGUGUCACAAACAGAUAUAUAAGUAUGCUGUGUUUUAUUGUCAUGUAAUAAUGGGAACAGAGGCUUAUAUGGUUCCAUUAGUGGGCGAAGAUGGUUCUAAAGCUAAAGCUGUUGUGAUUUGCCACUCAGAUACAUCAGAUUGGAAUCCAAAUCAUAUUGCAUUUCAACUACUUAAAGUUAAGCCUGGUGGACCGUCAAUUUGUCAUUUUCUUAAUAGGGAUGGCAUUAUUUGGAUUUCUAAUUUAUAAAUAGUUAAUUAUCAAUAUGUUCAUGUUACUAUGUAGUGAGAAUUUUAAUAAUCAAUAUUCUUAUUUAGAAUA